GGCGAAUUGUCUACCGUGCAAGUGCAACUGCGGCACUCGUUCUGUGCCUGAUGAUGCUCUAGCCUCCGGAGAUUCGAUCGUAUAUAUUCUCCUCCCUGGCCGUGUCCAACGAGUAGUAAUUAGUUUGUUCCCGUGUCCGUGUUUUGGUUGAAUAAUAAAUUGACGAAAGAGGGCCACGUAUAGCUUAGAGAGAAGCUAGCUAGCUGAAAUGGAGGCUAGCAGCCGCCGCCGCGUCUCACUUGUGCCACUGCUGCUGGUGAUCAUCGGGUGCUGUGCCUGCCGCGCCCAGAUCCCGAUCCCGGCGAGGACGGACGGGUUCGUGUACGGCGGGAAGCCGCCGGCGUGGGGCGAGACGGUGGUGGUAGAGGCGUUCUUGGACCCAGUGUGCCCCGACAGCCGCGACGCGUGGCCGGCGCUCAAGAAGGUCGUCGAGCACUAUAGCUCACGCGUGUCCAUCGUCGUUCACCUCUUCCCGCUGCCUUACCACAGCUAUGCCUUCAUUGCGUGCCGGUCAAUUCAUGCGGUGAACAAACUAAAUCCGUCGUUCGUGUACCGUCUGUUGGAGAAGUUCUUCAAGGAUCAGGAACGUUACUAUAAUCAGCCAACAUACGAAAAAUCAAGAGCUACAGUGGUACGUGAUGAAAUAACCAAGAACCUUGUUGUGCCCAUCAUCGGUGAAACUAAUUUGGCGGCAUUCAGAGCAGGUUUUAACGAUUCACAUUCUGAUCAGGCUACAAGGAUAUCUUUCAAGAACGGCUGUGCACGAGGUGUGACCGGGACACCCUACUUCUUUGUGAAUGGCAUACCCAUCAACGAUUCAGGUUCUCCUCUGGAAUACAAGGACUGGAUUUCUAUCCUGGGUCCCUUGGUUGGAAAGAUGUAGCGCGGUUGCUAGUUUGUUCAUCAAUAAAGUCCUAGUAGAGAGUAAACAGACAAAAGCUGAAUAAUAAAUAACAUUAAUCAGCAUCGUCAUUCUCAGAAUAAAAAGAGUGCUAACUCUCAU